GUACGCAAAUGAAAUAAUGAAGUAACGAGGGGCAAAUUAGAUGUUUUAGCCACGACGGACACUGGUAUAAAUACGAGUACUUUGCUGGCGUCGUAAGUCACUGACGACCACCUGUGAUCACCGGACACCAAUGAUGAAGAAGACCCUAGUUCUGCUUUGCUGCGUGGUGGCAGCCCUGGCACGCCCCAGCGACAAGUACACGGACAAGUACGACAACAUCAACAUCCAAGAGAUCCUGGAGAAUAAGCGGUUGCUGGAAGCCUACGUUAACUGCGUGCUGGAUAAGGGCAAGUGCACGCCCGAGGGCAAGGAACUCAAAGAACAUCUCCAGGAGGCUAUAGAAACCGGCUGUGAGAAAUGUACCGAAGCACAGGAGAAAGGUGCCUACACAUCCAUAGAGUACCUGAUCAAAAACCACCUAGACCUUUGGCACAAGCUGACUGACAAGUUCGACCCUGAAGGGAAGUACAGGAAGAAGUAUGAAGACCGAGCGAGGGCCAACGGCAUUGUGAUUCCAGAAGAAUAAUACGAAUAUUCUCCCUUUCAUUUAUUUCGCUGCAGUAGAGCAAUUUUUUUCUCGCAACGAAAACUCGUCUCGUUUUCCUUAUUUUUUUAUUUUUUAUUAUUUUAUUAAAGGGUUUUUUUUA